AUCGUUGGAAAAAGCUCGAGCGUAGAACUUUCCAACUCGACGUUUUUUUUAGGAAAUCACUUCCCCAACAACAACAACAACAACACCAAAAUACGCUUACCUUGUCGCAGGUGAGCCAACUCCUAUCCUAUCCUAUCCUAUGAUGAAUCCUCCACACUGUCGUGCAGCAGUCCUCCAAGAGCCCCCCAAACGAGAAUACUUACUUAGAGAUGAACUUCUGAUAUAACUGCAAAUAUGGCGGACGCGGAUUUAGAAAAGCCGACGACCUCGUACCAGAGGUCGAAGGAUGCGAACCUGUUUCGGGAUCCUUACCCUGGGGUCCGACCUGCCGGUCAGAGUACCAGUAUCUUCAACGACACCGCGGAGAGGGAUUUGCAGUCCGAUAUCUACUUUCCAAGACCACCAACGCCACCAGAACAGAGGAAGUAACUUUUUUUGAGACGAUAAGAGAACAGUAAGUUUUUUUUUGAGACAUCAUUGAUAUUUUUAAACUUAUAAUUUUCUCAUCUUUCAGGUUCCGAAAAAAUCUAGUGCCGGGAGAGAUACAGAUCCAUCAUGGCCUUAUCGACCAGCAGCUUCCGCCGGACAACUUUAGGUACGACACAUUUCUUUUUCCCGUUGUUCAAGAACUAGUACAUUUUCUUUCCUAAUGACUAAGCUGUGUUACUGCUGCUAAGUGGUACCUACAAAAAAAAAAUUGGCGCGACGAUAAACACUUGCUACAACCUCCGCCACACAUCUAUAGAGAUCAACAUCAUUCAUCACACCAAAUCUCCAAUCUGGAUCACACCAGGUACGGCAUGCACAGUGAUAAGGGUGAGACUGUGGCGAGGACUUUUAAAGAUGGCCUGUUACUUGGAAUUGCGGAAUACAAUAAUAAGUGUGCCGAAACAGUAUACAAGAGCACUAAGAUGGAACCUCUCGGUAAGACCUUUGUGCGAGGACACGUGCUACCACCAGAGACGAAAGCGCCGACGUUUAAUGGUAUUUAUUAUACUUUGCCUUCAUCCAGUUUCUACUUGAAUUUGCUAUUACGUGUUUUCCAAGUGAGAUACAAGAUGGCUUUGGGCUUCUUUUGGCUGUUCUUGCAGAAUCUAACCCACAUACAGAACCAUGAUAAACAGAAUUUAACCCACAUCCUUGUACAACUUCCACCUGCCCUACCGCUACCUCACCGUUACCUCCUCCUGUGCUAAGGUUUCGGCAAGGCGUCAGCGGAUCGGCAAGAUGGAAAGCUAGUAAUAUUUCCAAGAGGGAUGAUGCCCGACUCAAAAGAGCAUGUCGAGAUGUAUCGAUUCACACAUGGUACUCAAUUUAAGUAGUCAAGUGAUUCUCUUUGUCUCCGUAAAUUGAAGUCUACUUGUCAACUUCACUACGUAACUACUUUGUCUACUUAAAUUGAAUUCCUCUUUGAAGAAGUAACUACUUUGUUACUACUGAAAUAGUGUCUCCGUAAAUUGAAUUCAUCUUUGAAGACAAAGUAGUUACGUCCUUUUUCAUCAAGUGAUUCUCUUUUGAAUGAGAAGAUGUACCGAUUCACACAUGGUACUAGAUUUAGUUCUUAUUCUUUUCUUGGGUCUCUGUCUCUUUCUUAUGAAGAAUCUUCAAUGAGUUACUGGUAUGGUCUUUAGUAGGUUCAGAUUUUUCAUCAAGUGAUUCUCUUUUUAAUGAGUAGGUUCAGGUUUUUGAAUGCUGAAUCCAAAUCUGAUGUCACUCUUCUGAAUCCAAGCCGCUGGUUUCUUCCACCUUCUCCAUCUCAGGCAACUACGGAGCAGGAGAACAGGCAGAUAGAAAAUAUGAGUGGCCUGAAGCAGCAAAGAAUCGUGAUUUCCGAUUUGGAGCUACAGAAAAAGACGCCGGGGGAGAACAGGGAGGCGUGCCAGGUAAAUGAACUGGGAUUGGAAUUCUUUUCAUGACGGAUCAAGUAGUAGAUGUAGAUGAGUCUAGUGCAUUCUCACUAGGAUGUUUUACAUUCUCAAUUAGUAAGUAAAUGAUAUAGAUACCCAAUUGCUUACUCGCUGUAAAUACGAUUUUUGAGAAAUUGCGCAAUGAAACCAUGCUCAUGCUAUAUUAUUCUCACUACUUGUUCUUGUCAACCUGAUGACAAAAAGGUGCUCUCUGGUGGGAUCGAGGCGAAGAUGGAAAGACACAAAAAACGAAGAUAGGCACAAUCACACUAGCGGAUUAUAGAGACGUGACGCAUGACAAACUUGGGAAGACUAGGAAUUACUGCCAGGGAUCACACCCGGUACUUUUUGGCUAAUUUAUCACAUCCUCCAAAUUUGCUUUUAUCACUCCUCAAAAUGAUGAGUACUCAGAUGUUGAAUGGUAGCGUGCGAUGUCUCAAAAUAGGAGUCUUUCUCGCCAUCUUUUCGACAUGAUCCAAUAAGAUGGCCCCUCUACGUACUUCGACAAAUAGAUACUAGCUUAGAGCGACGCGUAGCCCAUUUCCGCACUAGAAUCACCACGCACCAUCACAAACCAAAAAAAAAACAUGCCGGCGCACGUGCAGGCACCGGCCUAAAACUUGCUCUAUGCACCCACAGAAAGGAAACCCUUCCACAUCCUGAAAGACAGCCAAAAAGGCGCCCGGAAGGGGGAGAGGCGUUCUGGGAUCUAGUAACGUCCGAGAAAAGUAGCCGAGGCCGCUGCCCUCUCUCCUUCUAUUAAUGUCCGAGAAAAUUGGCCGGGGCCGCUCCCUCCCUCUUCUUCUAUAUUCAUUUGCCUGAGAAAAUACCGAGACCGAUGGACAGGGGGAACCGCUGCCCCCCUCUUCUUCUAUUAAUGUCCGAGAAAAGCCGAGGCCGGCCCGAUGGAUAGGGCGGCGGCUGUCUCUCUUCCUCUCCUUUUAUUAAUGUCCGAGAAAACCCGAGACCGAUGGACAGGGCGGCUGGCUGCCCUCUCUCCUUCUAUUAAUGUCCGAGAAAAUUGGCCGGGACUGCUGUUCCCCUCUGCUUCUAUUGAAAUUAAUGCCCGAGAAAAGCCGAGACCGAUGGACAAGACGGCGGGCGGGUCUUCUAUUAAUGUCCGAGAAAAGGCGAGGCCGAUGGGUUGGGUGGUGGCUGCCCUGGUCUUCUCCUAUUAAUGUCCGAGAAAAGUAGCCGGGGCUGCUGCCCUCUUGUUCUUCUAUUAAUGUCCGAGAAGAGCCGAGACCGAUGGACGGGACGGCGGGCGCCCUCCCCUCUUUCUAUUAAUGUCCGAGAAAAGUAGCCGAGGCGGCUGCUCUCCUCUUCUUCUAUUAAUGUCCGAGAAGAGCCGAGACCGAUGGACAGGACGGCGGGCGCCCUCUUGUUCUUCUAUUAAUGUCCGAGAAAAGCCGAGGCUGAUGGGAUGGGUGGCGGUUGCCCUGGUCCUCUUCUAUUAAUGUCUGAGAAAAGUUGUAGCCGAGGCUACUGCCCUCCUUCUGUUCUUCUAUUAAUGUCCGAGAAAAGUAGCCGGGGCUGCUGCUCUCCUCCUCUCUUUCUAUUAAUGUCCGAGAAAUGUCGAGACCGAUGGAGAGGGCAAGACACGGCCUACCCUUCUUUCAGCGCUUGGCCUUCAAUUUUUUGGCCAAGUUGCUAAGUUUUUGAUUUUAAGCCAUUCGAGUGAAAUUUAUUAGAAACCUGACCGACCCGGGCGCGGUGUGUCCCUCUCUUACUGAUCCAGCGCGGGCUCUUCUCUAUCUGGGCUGGAAGGUCUACAAAUUUUAGCCAAGGCGCCAGCUUUUUGACUUUGAUCAAUUACAAUUUGGGCGAAAUUGGAAACCCAUCGCGCGCACCCGCACGGCCUCCCCUUUUUUCGGCGUUUGUUAGUUUUUAAAUUUUGGCCAAAGUGCUAAGCUUUUGACUUUAAACCAUUUGGAGCGAUAUUAGAAACCAACCGCGCGCACUGCCUCCCUUUUUUUUCGGCGUUUGUUUUUUAAUUUUGGCCAAAGUGCUAAAUUUUUGACUUUAAACCAUUUGGAGUGAAAUUAUGCACCUGGCUGGGGUGGGAUAACGUUAGAAACCAACCGCGCGCACUGCCUCCCUUUUUUCUCGGCGUUUGUUUUUUAAUUUUGGCCAAAGUGCUAAGUUUUUGACUUUAAACCAUUUUGAGGGAAGUUAGGCAUCUGGCUGGGAUGGGAUAGCACCGCUUCCCUUUUUUUCGGCGUUUGUUAGUUUUUAAAUUUUGGCCAAAGUGCUAAAUUUUUGAUUUUAAACCAUUGGGAGCGAAAUUAGAAACCAACCGCGCGCACUGCCUCCCUUUUUUUUCGGCGUUUGUUUUUAAAUUUUGGCCAAAGUGCUAAGUUUUUGAUUUUAAACCAUUUUGAGUGAAAUUAGGCACCUGGCUGGGAUGGGAUAACCAUCGGGAUCGAAACCGUCAGGAUCUAAACCACCGGGAAGAUCUAAACCAUCGGGAUCUAAACCAUCGGGAUCUAAACCAUCGGGAUCUAAACCAUCGGGAUCUAAACCAUCGGGAUCUAAACCAUCGGGAUCUAAACCAUCGGGAUCUAAACCAUCGGGAUCUAAACCAUCGGGAUCUAAACCAUCGGGAUCUAAACCAUCGGGAUCUAAACCAUCGGGAUCUAAACCAUCGGGAUCUAAACCAUCGGGAUCUAAACCAUCGGGAUCUAAACCAUCGGGAUCUAAACCAUCGGGAUCUAAACCAUCGGGAUCUAAACCAUCGGGAUCUAAACCAUCGGGAUCUAAACCAUCGGGAUCUAAACCAUCGGGAUCUAAACCAUCGGGAUCUAAACCAUCGGGAUCUAAACCAUCGGGAUCUAAACCAUCGGGAUCUAAACCAUCGGGAUCUAAACCAUCGGGAUCUAAACCAUCGGGAUCUAAACCAUCGGGAUCUAAACCAUCGGGAUCUAAACCAUCGGGAUCUAAACCAUCGGGAUCUAAACCAUCGGGAUCUAAACCAUCGGGAUCUAAACCAUCGGGAUCUAAACCAUCGGGAUCUAAGCCGUCGGGAUCUAAACCGUCGGGAUCUAAACCGUCGGGAUCUAAACCAUCGGGAUCUAAACCAUCGGGAUCUAAACCAUCGGGAUCGAAACCAUCGGGAUCGAAACCAUCGGGAUCUAAACCAUCGGGACCUAAACCGUCGGGAUCUAAACCGUCGGGAUCUAAACCGUCGGGAUCUGAACCAUCGGCGGAUGUGUGUGGCGGUGUGUUUUUUUUUGAGCGUUUUGAAAAUUGGUUGUUUAUUGUUCAUUUUGUUUUUGUAUUAACAUUUCUCCUAAACAACAGACCCCAGCCCGUGGCUUCGGUAUUGUCUCAGCCGGCGCUAACGACACUGCAGCAGCCUGUAUGUCUGGGACAUACACUGACGCGGACAAUAUACCGGAAGAGAAUCUAGGAAAGUGCACUAUCGUUGGCCGACGCAACGUCAGUGAAGAUCCUGGUCGACUCUACGGCGUGCCAUCUGUGCGAUACGACAUUCCAUGUCCAGACCUUGGCAAGAGAGGUCUAGCCGAUAUGCAGAACUACGGUGACGAAGUUGGAGCCGGGCCAUUGUUGAAUCUUAUGAUGAGAUACUUUUUAACAUGGAUUGGUGCUGUAAAUGUAGUUUGUCGUAAUUGUAGUCGAAGAUGAAUCAUGAGUUGAAUGAUUUCGUACCUGGUUGUGGUAAUAGCAAUACUUGAAUAAAUCUUUUAGUAAAUAAUGAUCUACUUGUUCCUUCUAGAACUACAUUGCUGUCAAGUUAUAUUCUCGUCGUUGACGAGAUCCAUCACGAUGAUCACCUCGACUCCCCUCUAAGCCUCCUCAGCGAUUUGAGAUCCGUGGCAUCAUGGAUAAGGAUUUCUUGCUUCGACGAGACCGAGAGGAAACCAGAGCUAUUUUAAAGGGUUCAGGAUACGACUUCGACAAUUUCGAUCAUUUGUUCGAUGCUGCUUUGGAGGUAUGUCGAUUUUUUUUUUUGCUAUCCCCUUUUCUCAUUCCUUGCAGCUCCUUCUAGUCACUCAAUAUUGGCACACAGAUACAUACCAGAAGUCUUCCUACGUCGUCCUAAUCUCACUCCUUCUACCUCGUUUCAGCUGUUCAGCGACGACAUUCCGCUUGCUUCCUUGGAUGCGAUAUUGUACCUGCAUGGCAGCAAGGUAGAGCGCAAGGUCGAGAGCGCUCUUCGCGGCAGCUAAAUAAACCGCUAGUAGUUCACGUUAAGAAACGUUUCUUGAUUACAACUAAUUACUCAGUUCUUGUCUCUUGUUCAAAUCGCUUUCGCUUAUUAUCCCAAUUUUGUACGCAUAUGACAACAUCAGAAGAUGUGCUACUAGUCUUUUACACGACACCAGAGUCAUAGGAUGUAGUACAUCACGAAACCCCAUGUUGCGCCACAACAUGUCGCGAGAAAGCUUUCUAGAUUUUACCGUUUGUUGGAAUCACUGGAAGAUCACGUCGCUCAUAAAGGAGUUAAACGCAGAAAUAAGAAAGAUAGACGAAAACGAAAUUAGAAUACCAUUAUCAAUCAGUUAUAAGAAGUCUGGAUUUUUGAGUCUUGAGCACAAACCGUUUUGUGAAAAUUAUAGCUUAUUCGUUACACAUUUGAUGAGCGUUACUGUCACCGACCCAAAGAGAAUCGGAAUUAGUGGGUCGUGGCGGAGUCACAAGAAAAUGCAUUUGAUGAUUAUGAAUGAUAUCAGUAUAAGAAAAAUGUCGAAUGGAAAUUGAAACGCACACAUUGUAUACAGAAACAAGUUGGUAGGAAAAGAUGAAAUGUACCACUAGUGA